GGCAUCUGGGGAUUGCCANAUUCUGAAUUAGAUGAAGAUCAUUUGCCAAUUUCCAUAAUGACUCAUGCCCAGAAUGCAGGGAAAAAGACAGGUAUCGUUUCCACCACCCGUAUAACUCACGCAACACCAGCAGCAGCUUUUGGACGUUCUCCAGAUAGAAACUGGGAGGCAGACUCUGAUAUACCGCCUGCAAAACGAGCGUGUCCAGAUCUGGCUCGUCAACUCAUAGAAAAUGACCCAGGAAAACGACUCAAUGUGGUCUUUGGCGGCGGGAAGCGGAAUUUCCAGCCAAGAAAUUCGGCAUCAGGCAAAGGGAGAAGAAAUGACGCAAGGGACUUGAUUCAGGAAUGGCUACACAAUGCUGUUUUGUCAAACGUUUCUGCGAGAUACGUAGAAAAUAAGUAUCAAUUGAAAGACGCAAUUGCAAGUGCUCCUGAUCGAGUGCUAGGACUUUUCAGCGAAAACCACAUGGAAUUCGAAUCGGAAAAAAAGAAGCCGGUUUCUGGUGAACCAACUUUGGCGGAAAUGACAGAAGCUGCCAUUGAGUUACUUCAGAAUCCAAAUGGGUUUGUCCUUUUGGUGGAAGGAGGAAGAAUUGAUCACGCCUUGCAUUGCACAAACGCAAAACGCGCCAUUUUGGAAACUUUGGCAUUGGAAAAAGCAAUUAAUACUGCUUUGCUUAGCACAAAUCCAGUUGAUACCCUAAUCCUCGUGGGUGCAGAUCAUUCUCACGUCAUGACCAUCAACGGCUACCCAAAACGAGGAAAUCCAAUAUUA